UAUGUGCGACGUUAAUCGUAGUUAACGGGCGAAUACGAACGGAUCUAUCCCCUAUUUAAUAUAAAAAAUACAAACAAUUUUAUUUUGAUUUUCUUCGUUAUUUAUUAAUUAAACCCUUCGCUUGUUUUGUUGAUAGUUAAUUUCAAAUAUUUUUCUAUUUUUAACUCAUAGACAAUAGUAAUAAGACUAUUUAAAUAUUUUUAAAAUUAAUGAGGACUUGAGGACGUAACAUGGUCCCCCCACAGUAACGAGUCCGUUUUACUGAUGACUUAUCAACACAAACGACCCUCACGUGUAUUUACGUCGUUUUACAUACUCGGUAUAUAUAUUACCGCAUACUUUAAGACUGUCGAGUUACACUUUGUCUGCUGAACGACGCACGUUAAUUGUUGGAUUUAAAAAAUUGCGUUUUAUCGGAAAAAUAAUAAUAAUAAUAUAAAUAAAAAUAAUGAACUUAAAAAGUGGAUUACUCUGAUCUAAAUAAAUAAUAAUUGUUUAAUUAUUUAUAUGUGUGUGCUCAGUGGGAGUUGACAAAAGGACAAGGUUCAAAAAAAAAAAUUUUAAUAAAAUAACAAAAUAAUAAUAAAAAAAUGUGGAAAAAUAACUCUGAAAAAGAGACUCCAGGAAGUCAAAUGAAGGAGUUUAGCAGCACCACGAAGAUAGCGCCGACUAUCGGGGAGUACAACGAAAAGGAUGAACUCUAUGAUCCAUUUGAACAUCGAGAUAAAAAAAAUACCUACUCUGACCUAGGAUCGUUAGUCCACAUGGUAAAGUCAUCUCUCGGCUCAGGAAUAUUAGCGAUGCCAAACGCCUUAAAAAACGGCGGUCUCCUCUUCGGUGGAAUAGGCACACUCCUAAUAGGGAUACUCUGCGGACACUGCGUCCACAUUCUCGUCAGAUCAUCACAUCACCUCUGUAGGCGGACGAAAACUCCCAAAAUGACGUACUCUGAAACGGCCCAAACAGCAUUUGCGUGUGGGCCUAAGGCGCUAAGACCGUACGCCAAUUUCAUGAAACUAGCCGUAGAUACUGCACUGUGCUGUACGUAUUUUGGCGGUGCCUGUGUUUACGUUGUAUUUAUUUCAACGACUAUUAAACAGAUCACCGAUUAUCAUACGGGCUCAGACAUAAACAUAAGACUAUACAUAUUAGCACUGAUACCAGCGUGUAUUUUACUAUCUCAAAUACGUAAUCUGAGAUAUUUGAUACCGUUUUCGGCGCUCGCAAAUGUAUUCAUGAUUGUCGGAUUAGCAAGUACUCUCUACUACGUUUUUAAAGACUUUGAGCCUCACAGUGACAUCAAAUACAUCGCUAAACUCGAAAACCUUCCUAAAUUUUUCGCCACUGUGAUUUUUGCCAUCGAGGGAAUCGGCGUGGUAAUGCCAAUCGAGAACAGUAUGGAAAAACCCCAUCACUUCUUAGGCUGCCCAAGUGUUCUUAACAUAACUAUGACUAUUGUUGUUGGGUUGUACGCGAUUAUGGGAAUAUUUGGAUACUUGAAAUACGGUGAAGAAACAGCCUCAAUAAUUACUCUCAAUUUAGCUGUUGAUGAUGUAUUCGCUCAGGUCGUUAAAUUAAUAAUUGCAUUAGCGAUUCUCUUUACUUAUGGACUACAAUUUUUCGUUCCACUCGAAAUAACAUCACUAGCAGUAAGAUCUAGAUUGAGUCACAAGUACGGCGGUGUUGGCGAAACAAUAUGGAGAAUAAUAAUGGCUCUGCUUACAGUUGUAAUCGCUCUGGCGAUACCGAAUCUCGAGCCGUUUAUCUCUCUAGUCGGCGCAGUAUUUUUCUCCUUUCUGGGGAUCGCAAUCCCCGUUAUUGUUGAGACAAUUUCAUGCUGGGAAGGUCAUCUAGGUACGUGCUACUGGAGGCUUGUUAAAAACAUAUUUCUCUUCAUCUUCUCAAUUCUCGCAUUGAUAUCUGGCACGUGGGUCGCUAUGUCCGACAUAGUCAAAGACUACGCGUAGUUUAUCCGAAACUGAAAGCUAAAAACAACUAAACACUCAAACGACAAAAAUCUUAAUCUUUCUCUACAUAUGUUCGAAAGCAAAAAGCAACAAGCAAAACAAAUAACUUAAAUAAAAAGAAAUAAAUUCCGGCUGGGUUGAAUCCAAGGCCAAACGAGUGAUUUGGAAUACGUGGAAUUUUAGUGUCGCUCCAACCCAACUUUUUUCGACGCCUACUUGUCUUUAUUUUAACAAGUAGUAUACGAGUUUAAGGAAUUAUACAUCUUUGCACACAUUUAUUCAUGUGUUCAUCAAGGAUCUUGUUGAUCUUACAGCGUAUGAUUAUAAUAAUCGUAAUCACUAGUGAAA